AUGUAUAUCUGGCACUUGCUUGGGAAAUCAGGAGAUAGUGGAUGUUCGGAGCUUGGACAUGGUGUUGUUGACUCAGGUUCCUGGGCUGUCGAUCCUGCUGACUUCUCAAUAGUUGCAAUUAUUGUGGCUAGAUUUGAUGAUCUUGGCGUAACCUACGCGCUGCCAGCUGCCGAUGUCUUUGGGGACAUUAUACGGAAUAUAGGUCUUAAGACAGAGUUUAUGUUGGGGGACAAAAGAACCCUUCUAUCAAAAGCAUUGAAACAAGGAAGGAACGAACUUGUUUGCGAACUUUUGUUAUCCCCAGCCAUGAAUAUCAACUUGCUUCAUAACGAAGUUUUGCGGGUGGAAUCUGAAGGGGGCCAUGAGAAAGUCGCCAAGCUACUGCUGGAGAAGAGGGCUGAUGUCAAUGCUUCCAAUGGAGUUGCUCUGCGGAGUGCUGCAGCACAUGGCCAUGCGAAGAUCGUCCAGCUCUUGUUGGAGCAUGGAGCGGAUGUUAAUGUAUUUCAUGGAUAUUCUCUGCGGUUGCUGCAGCACGGGGCCAUGAAAGGAUUGUCCAGCUCUUGCUAG